AAGUCGACAAAGAAGAUGAAGACAGCUCUUUGGGUGGAAUCCCAUCAAGAGGCCGGCGUGCUACCUUACUAUUAGUAGCUCUCCCACAGACACCUGCUUGUUAUGACUUGCCUCCUGCAAGUCACAUCACUUGAGGGCUUGAAUAGUUGGCGCUUUGGUCUCGUGGCCGAGGUGCAUAUGUAUACCUAGCAACAGACGAACUGCAUAGGAGGUCGGCAUGCUCUGAGAGAUCCCAGCAACCAGUCCAGGCAGGUCCCAGCCAACAAAUCCAUUCCUAUCACUCGACCUGUCGAGGCUGCCAGCGCAAACAAGCACAACCUGUUGUCAAACCUUGAUCGAGACUACGAUAUUCAGCAGAAAGCCUUGAAAAGAGUCGACCAGCUCAGAAUAAGUCGCUGGAGAGUCAAGAAGCCCAGUGACCAAGGGUCCCCCAAACGCCACUAAUAACAGCGCUAGAACGCCCGACAAGGCAAGUGGGUCGGCAAAUAUCCUCCCUCAGCUGUUGUCCGGGGUCGUCCCCCCCCUUCACAAACAUAACGUCCGAACUGGAGGUGAAACGUCGAGUUUCUCUUCCUCUUCACCGCCCCAAAAAGAGUCUUCGAGCCCCUCUUUCAGCCUAUCGACUUUGCGCUUGUUACCUGACCUUUUCGCUCUGCAUCUUGGGUUCUUUCUUUUUUGCAUAGUAGUGGCAGAGUAUCGCUAGACUCACCGCAACAAAGGAACCUAUACUACAUUUCAUAAAACCAACCUACCUACCGCCAUGGCUGCCGUCGUCAAGAAGCCUCCGGCGGCUGGUCGCGAGACACCCACUGGAACUCCGCAGCGCCCGAGUGCGAGAUCAUCAACCCCUACCACCUCCAGCACGUCUGGCACCACACCCGCCGCCGCAGCACGCAGCGCCCGUCCUUCACGCACCGGGACACCUGUCUCCGCACGUGCGGCCGCCCACGAAAGGCGCCAGUCCCUUCUCAACGGCGUCUCUAGCAAUGGCAGGAGCGGUAGCCCAGCCGACGCCGAGCGUGAUGAGGCCAUCCGCGCCGAGACCGUGGCCAUCAUCGACGACUUGAAGACGCGACUGGAGAGGGCCGAGAGCUCGGCCGAGUCAACCAAGCGUCAGGUCGAGAUCCUUCAGGACAAGCUGGACGAGGCGCACAGGGAGCAGGCGAAGCUUGAGGAGAGGGUUCACGAACAAGAAGAGCAGAUCGAGACACUCACCAAUGAGAAGCGCGAGACUGCCCGCCAGAUGCGCGAGAUGGAGAACAUCUACGAGGCUGAGCGGAGUGGCAUGAUGAAGGAGAAGGAGGAGAUGGCCAACCGCGAGGAGGAGAUGCAGACCGUGAUUCAGCGCCUCAAAGACAGCCUCGCGCAGAGGAACCUGGACGAGGACAGGCCGACGCGGCAAUCCGUGACCAACUCGCCCAGCAUCGAAAAUGGAAGCUUUGCGCCCCCUUCGUCCAUCCACCGCAGCGAUUCACGCAACAACUCCAAGUUGUUGCUGCAAAAGGACAAGCUGAUUGAAUCUCUCAGACUUGAGUUGGCCGAGGCACAGAUCAAGCUUGUCGAGUCGCAAAACCAGGGCGGUGGCCGUCUUCAGGAAGUUGAGCGCCAGCUCAUGGAGGCCCGUGUGGCCAACGCUAGGUUGAUGGAAGACAACGAAAGUUACCAGCUGCUUCUCCAAGACCGGACUCUCAAGGGCGACUUUGGAACGAACGAUUUCAGCUAUCUCGGUCACGCCUCGGCGAACCAAGACGCUCUCGCUGCCCUGGAAGGCAGAUCCAACGGAGCCAGCUUGGCCGAUGAGCUCAACGGCGCUGCCGAAAGCGACCCCCCAAACGAACAGGAGCUCGAGACUCAGAGGCGCCUAGAGGCGGAGAUCAAGUCGGUUAAAGACCAAAAUAAGGCUCUGACUCUUUACAUCAACAAGAUCAUUGAGCGUCUGUUGCAGCACCAAGGAUUUGAGCACAUCCUCGACCAGAGCAGCGAUUUCAAGGGCAACGCAAACGCAAACACCAACAAGGAACUCCCCCCGCCCCCCACCCCCAAGCAGGCGGCCCCUCCACCUGGACCGUCCCUCCUCCAGCGCGCCAAGACGAUGAGCAUCGGCGGCGGCGUCCGCCCCAAGCCCCGCCCCAUGAGCUUCAUGCCCUCGGCCAGCGCCGACGUCUCCAACCCGGAAACGGCGCCCAGUAUCCCCAUUGGCCUGACCCGUAACACCUCGACUCGCCGUGCUAGGCCCAUGAGCGAUCAGUACACCUCUGUCGGCGCCGCCUCGCUCGUAAACGCCAUGUACAAGGGCCCUUCCGCCGUUGACGGCCCGCUUUCUCCAUCCCUCCGAUCCUCCCAGACCUUCUGGGCGCCCCAGGGAGCAGGCAACCGCUCCAGUAUGAGCGGCAGCACCAGCGGCAACGGGCCUCAAAGCGCCCACUCCACGACCGGUGCCCCUCCCGCUUCGGCGGGCAACUUCCCGGGCAUGCGAAGCGAAACAAGCAGCACGAGCGGGGACUCGAUUCUCGAACGGGAUUUCGUCUCCAGCCAUAGCUCCCCUCCCAGAAGCCAGCACGAGAAGGAGAAGACGACGUUUGGGGGCAACAAGCCCAGGCCGUUGAGGCUCGUGCAGGAGAAUGCCGAGGCUCAAGCAGCGGCUGAGAGGGCGAACAAGAGGAACAGCUGGAUGGGAUGGGCGACGAGCGCGUUUGUGAAGAAGGAUGAGCAAGCUGUUGGGACGGCCGAGACGAUUAGGGAGUAGUUCACGUCUUCUUCUUUUAACGAAUUAGAGUUUUAUGAUGAGAGAGGGUGUGUUGGACAGCGGGAUGGAGAGGUGGGUAGGAUAAAUGGAUGGUGUGUGAGGGGGCUAUAAAAGAUGAUGAAAUACGGGAAUGGGCUAAACUACUGAUGAACAACGUACGUGCGGGUAUAUUUCCGAUGAAGAUGAAGACACAGAAACGAAAUGAUCAAGUUAAACUGGGAAUACUACUGGGAGGGAUGAUGGGAUGGGAGGGUGGUUAAUUCGGUAUAUAUAAUGAUCUGUUGUGGCUUUUGUUUUGCUUUGGUCUUUGUUCAGUUUCUUUUGAGUGUGUAGUUUUGUUUGUGGUGGAGUUGAAGUUCAUCUUGGGUGGCUAUGGUUGAAGAAGGGGGACGUUUGUGUGCUUUGGUGGGAAUAGACAGAGAUGAACGUUUCAUUUGUGAGCAUGAGGCGAACAUAGCAGGGGGUAUGAUGAGAGUUAUGUUCUGAAGUUGGUGCUCAAUGAUGAUAGAUCGUAAGCGAAAGCCUGAACUUUGUUGAGCGUCUUUCUUGUUUACACACUUGACAACGACAAUAGAAUGUGCUUAUAUUGAUAUCAUGCAAUGUAUAAAGAACUUGG